GGAUGGGACUGGAAGGUGCAGUAAGCACGGGACCCUUUCCUUCUUUCCCAUGCCCCCCUCCCCACUCCCUUCACACUCUCUCCAUCAUCCCCUAGCCGAGAUGGUCGGCGCGGCAUCGGAGCCGGCCUGGCUGAGGAUCCGCAGGGCUGGUUGAAAUUCCUGCGUCACGCUGGCCGUGGUUCCUGGCAGGCCGGUCCAGUCCGGCCUGGCGGCGUCUUUGGAGAGCAUCCCGGAUUUUUAAUACAUGAUCAGAGAGAGAAGAUAAGGAUUUAUACUUUAGAGAUGAGACGGCAGAAGGGGAAGAUGUCAGAGAAAAAUAAGCUGUGCCCUAAUGCCUCAUGGCAUGGAACCAAUCAUGACUUCUAAAAGCCUAUUCCAGCAGAGUCCAAAUUCUGGUAAUUACUACCAAACUUUAAAAACUUCAAGUCAAAAUCCAGCAAUAGAUUAUCACCUAAAGACCAGUUUCAAGUGCAAAGAAGAGACACAUCAGCAGAAAAUUGGCCACCAAGUAAUGAAUGUUUUCUGGCAACAGUAACUCAUGAAUCUUUCUGCUAAAGUGUGAAGAGAUUGCAAGCCAUAUUAAGUGGAGACAAUAAUCAUGUUGAUAAAAACAGCUUUUGAAAUAUUGAAUCCAUUAUUAUAACAUAUUGGGAUCUCGUGGUGGAAAAGCAUAAACAAGCAAUAUGAUGUUUCAGCAAUUGGUGACUUUUGAGGAUGUGGCUGUGUAUCUCUCAAAGGAAGAAUGGAGGCAGCUAAAUCUUGCUCAAAGAGAGCUCUACAGAGAUGUGAUGCUGGAGAAUUAUGAGAACCUUCUCUCCCUGGGAUUUCCAGUUUCUAAACCAGAUAUUAUCUCUCAACUGGAACAAAGAAAAGAAGCAUGGAUCAUUCAGGGUCCUCAGAAAAGGAAGUUCUCUCAGAAUGCUCAUAGGGAUUAUAAGAAUAGAUCUGAAAAUGAAAAUUUAACUCUAAGGCAAAUUCCUCAAGAAGUUGAAUUAUUUGGAAAAGAUUCAGAAAAAUACCCAAAAGAUGUUACUCAGGUCCCACACUUAAGAAGAACCUGUGACCAGCAAAGUAGCUUAGAAAAGCAGAUAAGAAACCACAGAGACAAGAAACAGAAUAAACUCAUUUCCCAGGAGAGGGUUUCAGAGCAAGUUUCCCCAAAGAAAACUACAGGAAAAGAAAGAGAUCAUGAAUAUAAUGAUUCUGGUAAAAACCUCAUUUUGAGUUCCAAUGUAGUCACUCAUCAAAGAAUUGAAAGAGAACAUAAAUGUACUGUAUGUGGUCAGAGUUUUUCCCAUCCUUUAACUUUAAUUCAACAUAGGAGAAUUCAUGGUGGAGAGAAGCGUUAUCAGUGUAAUGAUGAUAGGAAGAAUUUCAGUCAAAAGUCACAAUUGACAAGAGAGGAGAUAAUUCACACUGAUGAAAAGCCGUAUGAAUGUACAGAAUGUGGGAAGUCCUUCAGUCGCAGUUCACAUCUUACUUUACAUCAGAGAAUUCAUACUGGGGAGAAACCCUACAAGUGUAACAAGUGUGGGAAAGCUUUUGGCACAAAUUCUGAUCUUAUUCGACAUGAGAGGAUUCAUACUGGAGAAAAACCAUAUAAGUGCAGUGACUGUGGAAAAGCUUUUAGUCAAUCUUCUGUGUUUAUUCGACACCAGAGAAUUCAUACUGGAGUGAGUGCCUAUAAGUGUGAUGACUGUGGGAGAGCCUUAAGUAGUAAAUUAAGCCUUAUUGAACAUUGUAGAAUUCAUACUGGUGAAAAACCUUUUCAGUGUGAUGAAUGUGGAAAAGCCUUCACUCACUUCACAAGUUUAAUUUAUCAUCAGAGAAUUCAUACUGGAGAAAAACCAUACGAGUGUAAUGAAUGUAGUAAAGCUUUCAGCCGACAUUCAGUUCUAAUUAGACAUCAAAGAGCUCACACUGGGGAGAAACCAUUUAAAUGUAAUGAAUGUGGGAGUGCUUUCAGUAGAAGAUCAGUACUUAAUGAACAUAAGAGAAUUCAUAGUGGGGAAAAGCCAUAUGUAUGUAAUGAAUGUGGAAAAUCUUUCAGUCGGAGCUCCACCCUUAUCCAACAUCAGACAGUUCAUAAUUCAGAAAAACCUUAUAAAUGCAAUGAAUGUGGGAAAGGCUUUGGAUGCCGCUCACAUCUUACUGUGCAUCAGAGAAUUCAUCUUGGGGCUAAGCCUUACCAGUGUAAUGUGUGUGGGAAAGCCUUUAGUCGAAGCUCUAUCCUAAACCAACAUCAGAGAAUUCAUACUGGAGAGAAGUUGUAUAAAUGUAAUGAGUGUGGGAAAGCAUUUAGUCGGAGCUCCAUCCUUAACCAACACCAGAGAAUUCAUACUGGAGAGAAGCGGUACAAAUGUAGUGAAUGUGGAAAAGCCUUCAACCGGAGAUUUAGUCUUAUCCUACAUCAGAGGAUUCAUUCUGGAGAGAAGCAGUGUAAAUGUGAUAAGUGUGGAAAAGCCUUCAGUCGGAGAACCAAUCUUAUACGGCAUCAACAAAUUCAUACAGAAGAUAAGUCUUGUGAAUAAAAUAUUUAAAUUAAAUCCUUUGCUGCCUGAAGAUUCAACAACAAAAAAAAUAUCCAUCUCAAUUUGUGAUUGUAAUUAGUAUUGGAGAAAGAUUAUUUCUGGAUCAGAGUCCAUUUUUUAAUGAAGCAAUGUCUUAUAGUAAAUUGUAAGAGCUUUUAAAAGCAUAAAUUUGUCUUCAGUUUACAUACUAUCCAGGCCUAGGAGACCUGCAAAGUUCUCAUUUUGUUUGAAUGAUGCAAGCAAUGCUUAUAUAGAAACCACCUAUGACAGUUGCUUUCUUUAUCUUCAUAUGUAAAUUCUUGUCUGAAAAUCCUAGAAUAAUAACUUAAGGGAAUGUUUUAUCUCUGCCUGAAAUACUACAACUCAAAUAGAAUAAUCCAACUUCUGUUUCUACAAGUCAUUAUUCUGAAGGAUCUUUUAUCCUCCAUAAAUUGAGAGGAUGGUGCUGCAGUCCUUGUUAAUGAUGAAGGAAUUUGGAAAGAGUAAUUAUAGGAAAAGAGAGUGACACCUGGAAUUCUUUGUAUUGGUAGAUAAUAUACUUGUACUGCACUAGGUAAUAAGUAGUUAAAACAAAAUUAGAUACUAGUAAUUUUGAUUCCCAGAUGGGUGAUUUUUAAACUAUAUUCUUCUGCUUUUUGCAAUAGUGGAUAUGUGCAAAAUUAAAUAGAUAAGUAAAGCACAUCUGGAAAAAUCUAGAAGAGCAAAGCACUCCCCUGUUUAUUGAAUUUUCUUGUUAUUGUUGAAUCAUUUCAAUUGUGUCUGACUGUGACCCCAUUUGGGAUUUCCUUAGCAAAGCUACUGAAGUGGUUGCAUUUUCUUCUCCAGUUCAUUUUACAAAUGAGGAAAUUUAGACAAACAGGCUUAAGUAACUUGCCUAAGGUCCCAUAGCUGAGAAGUGUCUGAGGCAAAAUUUGAACUCAUGAAGAUGAGUCUUUCUGAUUCCAAGCCCAGCACUACUUAAAUAUUCCCCCUCAUUUCUACUGGUAGAUUGAAGGGAGGGAUGUAAGUAGAGAUGUUCCUCAGAAGAGAUCAAGGUUAUGUUUGCCAACUGAAACCAGAAGCUAGCUUUUGUGGGUAAUAAAUUUUCAUCAAUUGAUUAGACCUAUUUAGAGGGAGUAGACAGGAGAAAAAAUAUAAAGAGACAAUUAAGUAAUUGCUAGAUGGUUUAUUGUUGUAAAGAUAAGAGGAUCAGAAAAGGUGUGGGAUAGAUCUUAAUUGUUUCCUAAAAGAGGGAAUAUGUAAUGGUGUCAAAAGACAAGUCAAGGAACUAAAUUGGCAAAACUUUAGUUCUGAUUGGGAGGAGGGUAUAGAAGAUGAGAGCAAUUAUUCAGCAACUCUAUUAAACAUUCUCUUUGAAGAUAUAUUAAUAGGAAACAUUUCAAUAAAGGUCACUUUUGCAAGAAAUAGGAGUAAUUGGGGCAGUUAAAUGGUGCUGUGAAUGGAGCAUCAGCCCUGAAAUCAGGAGGACCAGAAUUCAAAUCUGGUCUCAGACACUUAACACUUACUAGUUGUGUGAUUGUGGGCAAGUCACUUAACACCAAUUGCCUCAGCAAAAAAAAAAGAAAGAAAUAGGAGUAAUAUUAUAUAGGAAUAUAUUAUGAACCAUCUAGACAAGACAAAGAAAUAGAAUAGAUAGGAAACAUCAAAAAUUUGUAACAGUGGUAGGAUGUUGUAAUAAAGGGAUUCAAGACCAUUUCUGAAGCUAAUCCUUUGCUCACAGCAGAUGACAAAUUAUUGACAAGGUUCUAUAAUGAUUUUGCUUUUCAAAAGAACAGGUGGAACUAAUAGUGUUGGUCUAAUUCUGACCAAUAAGUUGCAAAAUAGAAAUGAUAGGAAUUUUGGGAAAAUAUGACCAUUCCAUUUUGUGGAUUUAUGAUAGUGAAGGAGAGAAAAGCCAAGGAGGUUGCACACUUUCGAUUUUGAGAGGCUUGUGUUUCAAAUAAUUUAGAGAUCAGGUAGAUUAGCAACUAAACCCAUGAAUGACCUAAAGAAUGAAGUUUUGACAACAAAAAUUAUUCUAGUGAAAGAAGAAAUAUCGAAUGAGACAUCAGUGUACAGGAUAGUGACUCCCUAUUUCAAAAGUGUGUACAGAAGAUGGAAGAAUGGCAGAUUUCUUAGAAUACACACAAGAGUAAUGAUACCAAGAGAAAAUGCCAGAAAUCCUGACAAAAAAGAAAAAGAAGGCACUUCAGUUACAGAAUUGGUGUAGCUACAUUUUAUGCAUUGUGAUUCAUUUACUUGAGAGUAAAAGCUUUGAAACAACUUUAAUUGUAUUGAUGUUGAAUAUUAAAUUUACAAUAAAUUCUUUUUAAACUGGGCCUGA